AUGGUGCUGACUGGUCUCGUCGGAAGUUACGAUGCGAAAAGCCACGUCGGUGACAUGUCCGACGUCGGAUCCAAGCAUGGGCCAACCAAACCAACACUCUCGACACCACCAUCAUCACCACCACCAGUACGACUGCCCCUACACAUCAUGUCGUAUGAUCGAGCCCUCACCGUCUUUUCCCCCGACGGGCACCUCUUCCAAGUCGAAUACGCCCUCGAAGCGGUGCGCAAAGGAACCUGCGCAGUCGGCGUUCGCGGAAAGGAUGUCGUAGUCCUCGGCGUCGAAAAGAAAUCUGUCCUCCAACUUCAAGACGCACGAACCAUCCGUAAGACAGCCAUGCUCGACGACCACAUCUGCCUCGCCUUUGCCGGUCUCACCGCCGACGCACGCAUCCUCAUCGACAAGGCACGAACAGAGUGUCAAUCCCAUCGUCUCACCGUCGAGGACCCGGUCACCGUAGACUACAUCACCCGCCACGUCGCAGGAAUCCAGCAAAAGUACACCCAGUCCGGCGGUGUACGUCCCUUUGGCAUCUCGACGCUCAUCAUCGGUUUCGACGCAAACGACGCAAAACCAAAGCUCUACCAGACGGAGCCUAGUGGAAUGUACUCGGCCUGGAAGGCGAACGCCAUCGGUCGAAGUUCCAAGACUGUACGAGAGUUUUUGGAAAAGAAUCACAAGGACGACUUGACCAAAGACGAAACCAUCAAGCUCGCCAUCAAGAGUUUGCUCGAGGUCGUCCAGACCGGCGCAAAGAACAUCGAGAUCGCCCUCAUGGAAGGUCACGGAAAGGUCAGGAACGUCGAGUUGGCAGAGAUCGAGAAGUUUGUGGAGCAGAUCAAUGCAGAGAAGGAGGUUGAGGCAGAGAGGAGGAGGAACCGUCUAGCUGCUACUGCUGGUGCACAGGCUUCCAUGUCGUAG